CACAGUUCAAGUUCAUCAUCACACCCACUUUGCACUUUGCACUUUGCACUUUACACUUUGAUUUUCAUAACUCCUAACUCCCCCCCCUGAACGCCCCAUCCAAAGCAGCCGAGGGGUCACAAAGUCACAAAGUGGCGUGGCAGCCGUGGUAACACAGCAGAGCUUUGACUACCUCGAACCGCCGACGAUUUCCAAAUUCAAACACACAACCAAUCAUUUUCUAACCUAAUUAGGUAACGCCAUUCCCAAGGCCUUCACUCGGUCGUUGGUAACCGAUUUUCGGCAAGAUGCCGGCAAUCAUGGAUGAUCCAUCUAGUCCGACCAUAUAUCGCAUUAGCGGACAGCUUCCGUACCCGACCCCUGGAAAACCAGAGCUGCCGCCGGAUGUUCGCCCUCGUCAGGUGACUUUACGAGAUCGUCAGACUAUUGCGACCGUUGUGCCGUUUGCUUCUCGUGACCAGGUACCCCCAUCCCUUCUGGCUUACCUCUCGGACCAGCUCGCAAAGGAGAUUGAAGGGGGCGACACCUAUCCCAUGAUAGAGCCUAUGCCCUUGGACAAAUUCUCUGCCUAUUGGCUUCAGAACUUUGCUGGUAUCAUGCUGCUUGGCCAGAUCGAGAGCGCCGAGGAAGUUACUGAAGGUAAGGAUUGGUCUAAGGAAUGUCUUGGUAGCUUUUAUAUUAAGCCCAACUAUCCUGGCCGUAGUAGCCAUGUCUGCAACGGUGGAUUUCUCGUCACCGACGCCUCUCGAAACCGUGGUGUCGGACGGCUCAUGGGCGAGAGCUACUUGGACUGGGCGCCGAAGUUGGGCUACACGUACUCGGUUUUCAACCUGGUCUACGAGACGAAUGUAGCUUCUUGUAAAAUCUGGGACGCCCUCGGUUUUAAACGCAUCGGACGCGUCAAGGGUUGCGGAAACCUCAAGUCAUACCCAGAUCGGUUGAUCGAUGCCAUCAUCUACGGGCGGGAUCUAGGGCCAAGUGCCGGUGAGGGCAACGGCGAGCCCCUUCUCGUGAGUGAAGAGCGUUUCGACAAAAUAAAAUUCUACCUGAAAUACGGGCGCUACCCGAAUGGAUCUGACCGCGCCGAGAAAAGCAGACUCCGCAGCGCCGCGACGCACUAUAAAUUGCUCGACAACGACGUGUUGAUGCUGAAGGACAAGGAGGUCAUUAGCGACCCUAUUCAUCAGAUGGACAUCUCGCGCCGCAUCCACGAAGCCGGUAGCCAUGCUGGUAUCAACAAGACCACGGCUACCAUUGCUGAGAAGUAUCAUUGGAGCCGUAUCAAGGAGACAGUCUCGGAUGUAAUUAGGACAUGUGAUCAAUGCAAGGAAACAAACAAAACACCCAUUCCAAAUCCUACUAGUUCGAAGCGACUCAACGUAAACGUCAACAUUGACAACAUUGGCAGCAAUCCCUUUAAUACUAUGCUAUCGCGAAUGUCACCCACCGCAGCUCCUGGACCCGGCAUAGUCGGGACCACCGGCAGGGUCCUCGAACUGCAGGCGCCUAGUCAUCAUGACCUGCCAUCUCUAGUCAACCCUUCAAACCCGUAUGCCCAUCCCAGUGACAUCACAUCCUUGCUUAACUCUCCUAUACAACCGUCGCCAGACACGGGCUUACCGCCCCAUCAUCCCAUGAUGCAGAACCAGCUGCACCAUGAUUCUGCGGCGACCCUCGCUUCUUUACACGAGGCCGUGGACAUGUAUCACCCUAUAGAUCCGCAAAUUAUAUCCCAAUCUACCCACCAUCACCACCACCAACCACCAACUCAUCACCAUCCUCAUUCAUUCCAUACCUUUCAUACAAGUGACACAGGACCACACUCAAGCCCACAUUCCUCGCACACAUCGCUGCACGGCCAUGAACCGUACAGCCCCCACCAAACGCAUACUGUCUCCAUCCAUGACCCCAUUUCUCAUGAUCAUUUUCACGUCCAAACCCACCAUCACGCUCACCAUCAUCAUCAGCAUCCAGGACCUCCUCACCACCACGACCCAGAUUCGUUCCAGGCCCUUCUUCACGGCACCGAUAAUCACCACGAUCAUCUACAUCAUCAUCAACUAGAUGGCCCCCAGCACCAUCCACCUACCGAUAACGACGAGGACGACCAAGAUGCCAUGGACCGCGACCUAGACAUGCUUAUCGAGCACAGCUCCGACGACGACAACGAUAAUGGCACGGACAUGGACAACGACAAAAGCAUGGCGAUCGACGAUGUCCUACUCCACAACCACGAUUUCAUGGCCGACGCCAAGCCAGGGGACGAACCAACUGUUAUAAAUGGACACGAUGCUGUGGAUGGGACUAACAUCGAAGAAGAUGGAGGAGAACAAGAAGGAGGAGGAGCGGGAGAAGAUGGGGGUAUAGGCCGGGAAAGAGACCGUGCGAGAAAGCGGAGUAGUAUCUAUAACGUGGUUUUCACUCCGUUAGGGUAAAAGGAGACUCGGGGGACAAAGGGGGUGGAUGGCUUUGGUAUAACGGCAUGAUAGGUACAUAACGGCGUAACGGCAUGGCAUAACAGCAUAGUAAU